CCCCCGGGUUCCGGAGGAAAAAAUUGGCAAUUUUCCAUAGUAAAGCGGCGGUGGAUCACGCUCUCUCGAUGAUCAGGAAGACUACCGCGCGGUUCUCGGCAUGACUGCACGCGACACGCUCUAUUCCGCAGGGGCGUCAGUCAUUGUGCAGAGCGUGCAGGAUAUGAUAGCAGCAUACAUUCAGCUAGGCAAUGGCAACUCGGCCAUCGCAAUCGACCAGUUCGCCAUGUCAUCCAGUGGCACCAUCAAGGACGAAAACAGCGAAAAGAUCAUUGGAUGGGAUCUGAGCGCCGACGCAUCAACUUCCUCUCAAUCCGUGGACCUGACUGUCGACAGCGGAUCCAGCACCUUCCUCGAGGUCGACGUCUCCUUCGCCGAGCUCCCCACGGGCGACUCGGCCGCGGGGGAGAUCCGGCUCGAAGGCGAGAGGCUGGUCAAGUGGGACGUCGUGUCGGAGACGUCGGGCACCGCGACCACCUGGGACGUGGACGUCUGGGACCCCGAUGGCCAGCUCCUCGCCGUCGACGCCUCGCUGACCGAGGGCGACCCCUCUGGCUCGGCGCUGCUCCGCGGGAGCGCCGCGGUGCGCCUGGAGAGCGGCCAGGCUCCCGAGGCCCUCGGCGGCGUCCGGCUCGAGGCGGUCGACGCGGCCGGGGACUGGGCGACCUUCCAGCUCCAGGUCCUCACCGCCGACCUGUCGACGCCCUUCUUCCAGCUCGACGCGGGCGUGGACUUCACGGCGGCCGGCGGGCUCCGCCUGCUCACGGACUGGGACGCCUCCGCGGAGGCGCAGGUCUGGGACCCGAGCGACACCGACGCGGGGGUGAUGAUGACCGUGUCGGUGACGGGCAGCAGCUCCGGGGGCGUUUUCGCGUCCGGGAUGGCGAUGGAGGACAACGACGGCAACCAGUUGAUGAACUGGUCUAUCGUGGGAACGAGCAGUUCUGACAGCAUCACUUCCCAUGGGAACCUCGGGGAUGUCAUGACCGUUGCGCUGGCCCUCACGAAGCCGGACGGGCGCCUUGACACGAUGACCGAGAUGGCCUUGACGCUGACGAUGGAGAGCAUGAUGGACGACGAGGACGACUACGAGAUGGAAGUAACGACGACCCAGCAGGGGCAGACGACUACGUACGAGGACGGCUGGUGGAGCGAGGCGAACGGGGAGGAAGACGAUUGGGACCUGAUGGGUACGGAGAACGUAUCUAUCUCAGUCAGUCUUGGUUACGACGGCGCAGACACGUGGGAUGUGACUGGAAGCUUGAGCCAAAACGGCGACACGUACGUUUCAGUGGAGGCGCACUUGCACGAAGAAUGGGUCUCAGUGACCUCGUGGGCCAAUGAGGAAAUCGGGGAUAUGGUGGGCGCGGGGUUCAUGUACGAGUACGUCAACGCCAGCAUACCGACUUCCGACUCCAGCGACAUGUGGGAGAUCAACUACAUCCAGACCAGCGACUUCAUCGAGACCACCAAUCUCACCUGGCACACGGAUGACAGCGCUGGAGAGUCCAGUUUUUUUGUCAAGUCGUAUGCGAUGGAACUGGAUGGAGGCGUGUGGCGGUACAUCUUGUCCAUUAACGCCUCGGCAGACAUGACCGAUGGGCUCACUGUGUCUUCCACGCCGGCGCCAUCGGCAGCGCCCACUGUGUCUCCCACGCAGGCGCCAUCGACGCUGGCCACGCUGGUCGUCUCGGGGAGCUUCAGGGCCUCCGUGGCAGCCUCCGAGGCCGAGGACUUCAUAAGCAACUCCGACGUCGUGGACUCAUUCGUGACCUCGAUCGCCACGAGGGUGGGCAUGCCAGAGUCGACGGUGGCGGUGACGCUCUCGGUGUACAGCGACCGGAGGCUGGCGGCCAGAGGCGGCCGGAGGAUGACUGCCGAGGCCGCCGAGAUCUUGGUCUCCUACACCAUCACCGCACAGGUGGGCUCCUCUGAGGGGGGAGGCGUCAUCAGCGAGAGCGCCUUCGACAGCAUAGUGGACACCCUGGAGAGCACCACUGCGGAAAACUUCGUGGCAGACUUCAACACGCAGCUUCAGGGCACUGGGUCUGCUUCUACCUUCUCGGCAGUGGCGGCGGUGCCGAACUCGGCAACGGCCCCGACGAUCGUGGAUCAGAGCCCAGCGCCGGAAAGUUCUGGCGCCUACGCAGCAUUCCCGCAGGCGCUACUGCUGGCUACCGUCUGCAGGCUGCAGUUCUGAGUGCGCAAGGGCCAUUUCACGAUUGCUGCAGGCUGCUGUUCUGAGUUCUUGAGUGCUGCAGGCCCGCAGGCUGCUGUUCUACGCGUCUCGCACUUUCCAUCAGCGCGCGGCAUUCCAAUGUGUCCUAGCAUUUGCCAUCAGGGCGCGACAUUCCAAAGAUUGCACAUGCGGCAUGAUUUCUGGUUUUCUGGGCCUGCCCUCCCCAGCUUUAACGUAUCGCGCUUGCGUUCUGAAGAAAGACGGCCAAGAUGGCCCAGGAUGGUCUCCAAGACGUCUCCAAGACGCCCCAAGAUGGCCUCCAAGACGGCUAAGAUGGCCCCAAGAUGCGCCUCCAAGACGGCCCAAGAUGGCCUCAAUACGGUCUAAGACGGCCCAAAAGGCCCGCAAGAGGCCUCCAAGAC